AUGGACCUUCAACUGAUAAAGAUUCUGAAGAAAAGAAAAAGGAGCCUGCAUCUUCCUCACAAAAUAGUCCUGAAGCAAGAGAAGAAAGCAGUUCAAGUAGCAAUUCCAGCAGCAGGAAGGAGGAGGGUAGUGCUCCCUCAAAUUCUUUCAUCCCUUCUUUUCCCCGGGCUCCAAGCACUUCAGAUUCUGUACGAGUGAAAUGUAGAGAAAUGCUUUCUGCAGCUCUCAGAACAGGAGAUGAUUACAUUGCUAUUGGUGCUGAUGAAGAAGAGCUGGGUUCUCAGAUUGAAGAAGCUAUUUUUCAAGAAUUAAAAAACACUGAUAUGAAAUACAAAAACAGGGUACGAAGUAGAAUAUCGAAUCUCAAGGAUGCGAAGAAUCCUAACCUGCGGAAAAAUGUGUUAUGUGGGAACAUUCCUCCUGACAAGUUUGCCAAAAUGACAGCAGAGGAGAUGGCAAGUGAUGAGCUGAAAGAAAUGCGCAAAAAUCUGACCAAAGAGGCUAUUAGAGAGCACCAGAUGGCUAAAACAGGAGGUACCCAAACUGAUCUGUUUACAUGUGGCAAGUGCAAAAAGAAGAACUGUACAUACACCCAGGUUCAAACCCGCAGUGCCGAUGAACCCAUGACAACGUUUGUUGUCUGUAAUGAAUGUGGAAACAGAUGGAAGUUCUGUUAGAAGAAGAAAUUGUCAAGACAUCUGGACCAGUAUGAAAGAGGAUUUUGUAAUUAGCUUUAAAAACUAGGCUAAGCAUUUAGCUUCCUGCAAAUGAGAGAAAUUUUGGGGUUUGGUUUUUUUUUUCCUUUUUAUUUUUGUUUUGUUUUUAAAGCAGCAUACAUGCCUGAAGUUAGCCUUUGUUUUGACACAGCCAUCAUUUCCUUAAAUGCCUUCCUAUAGCUAAUAGUCAGUAGGGCCAGGUUGCUCAGUUGUAUGGUGAAUGUUAAAAUAUUUUUUCAUUUUUAUAAGUAAGUUGACAUUAAACUUUUACCAACUAAACAUCUUGGUAAUUGGCUUGUUUUUUUCUAACUAUGUGAAUAAUGUACUGUAUUUUUUGUGGUCUGAAACAUAUCCCUGGAUAUGUAUUUUACCUUCCACAUUUGUUCAGUUGUAAGAAUAGAAUUUGUUUCUUGCUGCUGCUUUCACUAGUUUUGCAAAGAGAAAAGGUGUCUAACUUCAUCUAAUUAUGUAAAACUCGGUUGUUAACUAAAUCACAA